AUGGCUGCGUUGGUGCAAACGAUUCCUCAACAAAGUAGCACGGUUUCUGUGCUUCAGACUCGCCCUUCAUCUUCUUCUGGCUCCUUUGCCCCGUCUCCUCAGCCUUCGCAGCAGCAAAAUUCUCGCAAUUCCACGAUGUCUUGGAACUCGUACAAUACGGUGGGCGGAUCUCAGGGCUAUCGGGCGGGCCACCAGGUUGUGGCCCCCUAUGCUUUCACUGGCACGCCUAGCCUACCCAAUUCCAACUUCAACGCUAUGCAGAAUCGUCAGUCGUGGACGCCCCAUCUGAGGCCAGAGAAUCGAACUUCCUCUGCUCCCUCGGUACCCCAGGGGUCCGCAGUCCAUCCUCAUGCCGUUGGACCCAACCCGCGUUUCUCCCAUCAUCCUGCAGCUGGUUCUGUAUCUACUUCGUCCUCCAACUCUUCCGUCCAAUCUUACCGCUCCAAAGACGACUCCGCGAUUCCUUCGAGACAAUCACGCAGCGACCCUCCUCUUCGCCCUUUAUCGACCGCCAACCUGCCGUCACCUUCCUCAUCAUUCAUGAAUAUAUCCUCCCCCACCGUUGCUCGACCAUCUCCCGACCGUUAUCGGCGUGGAAGCAGACGAUUAGAUAACGCACCGGGAGCCCAGUCGACAGUAACAGCUUCUAGCCUGCCAGGAGAGGAUCAAAUUGCGUCGAAGAAUGCCUUGCAGGAUCCGUCCCGCAAACCGGGGCACGCUCGAGUUUCCAGUGUGGAUGAUACAGCGCGUCCCGAAAAGCCACAAGCAGAGCUUGCCAAGAGAUAUAGGCGUCGGAGUUGGGGGAAUAUUGAUAAUGCUGGCUUGAUUAAUCUACAGCUUCACCUGCCAUCAUCUCCGACACCGAUCCUGAAUGUGCACGAUUACUUCGACCCCAACAUUCGACCGCAAUCCGCCCAGUCUCAUCGAGAUGUCUCGGGCAGCAAUCACUCAGCUAACUCAUCUACGUCCUCGGUACGUGAGGUAGGAUUGACGGAGGCUGCACCCUCAAAUAAGAGCACGAACAAGUUGGACGACACCAAGCGAUCAACAAAGCCCUCGCCGUUGUCGCAACCAGUCUCUGCAGAACCCACGCCUACCAGCUCUCAGCCACCAAAUGAGAAACAGUCGCCUGCUCCGACUGAGAGUGUUGCCACGCAACGACUGGCUGAUAUCACUAAGAACGAGCUCAAACGGCCCGGGAAGUCUCGGUUGAGAAGAGCCUUCUCUUUCGGAAGCGCUUCAGAGCUCCUCAAGGCGUCUUCCCAGAAUAGCCCUGCGAAAAGAGAGGCUAUCGCUGCAGAGAAGUCCCGAAGAGAACUACUGAAAGAAGAGUUAGGACCUGAGCAGGCCGCGAUCGCUGAACAGCAAGAGGCCAGUGGGUUGGGUGAGAGCAUUUACUCGCAUCAUCAAGGCCGGUUCUUCAAUAACUCCACAGAUAAUCUGUCAGUGUCAUCCACAGCGUCAUCAGCUUCGAUAAUGCUACGGAAGAUGGGCAAGGGCAUGAAGAGGUCCACUCGGUCACUCGUCGGGUUGUUCCGUCCCAAAUCCAUCGUGAGCAUCGCGUCGAACGAUGGUGGAAAUGUGGAGCCAAUGGCACCAAAAUUGUCAGUGGUCAACGUCGAAGCGGAGAGGAAGAGCGUGACUGCCAACGCAGAUCCUCAGGAUCUACCUCGCGGAGGCACUGUGUUUCCUAAGAUGGAAAAUAGCCCCCAGGGUCCUUCGGCUCAGGAAGAUAUCGGGACCGAGAGAUCUCAAUCGCGUAAGAGCAUUGUGGGUGGUGACAGGGAACGGGCAGAGGUUCUGGCGGCGGUCAGGAAGGGCAUCCUUAAGAAGACCAAUUCGGACCCCGCAGUUACAGGUCGUUCCAACAGAGUCACUGAGGGUUCACAGACACUGAUCGGCAGUGACUCGCCGCAUUCCAGUGCUCCCAGUACACCUGAGGAUCCGUCUCGAGCUGGUAACCGACGUUCCGAGGCCGUCAAGAUAGCUGGCGAAGACUACUUCUUAUCGGAUGGGCGAAUUCCCGAGUCUCGAAGCUCGCCUGCUACGCCGCAACCGGUGACAACAAAGACCCUUGUCUUCAGUCCUCGCAUUCAGUUCCAUGAGACGUGGCCCAGUGGAGAGUACGAUCGCCGAGGAGACAUUGCAACCUGCAACCGCUUGACACCACUUCUCGCUCAACAGAUCAAGGAAGAACUCAACAAUUUCAAGAUGGAAAUGGAAGUCCACGAGACUUCGAAGAUUUACACUCAUUUCCUCUGA